AUGGAGUCCCCAAAUGUCAAACACAUCUCAGAAUGCUUUAUCCAACCUCACAAUGCUUCGAAAGAAUCAAAGAAGCGCUUUUAUUUGACCCCCACAGACCUCGCCAUGCUCUCCGAGCACUAUAUCCAGAAAGGUCUCCUCUUCACCAAACCUCCAAAAGCCAACAACCCUAAUUUUCUUGACACCCUUUUGGCGAAACUGAAGUACUCUCUUUCCCUCGCACUCGUUCACUUCUACCCGCUAGCGGGUCGCCUUGUGACCAAGAAAGAACAAGACCCUCAUCUCUACUUGGUCUAUGUGGAUUGCAGCAAUAGCCCUGGAGCUAAAUUCAUCCAUGCUUCUCUUGACAUGUCCAUCUCGGACAUUCUUUCCCCAACUGAUGUGCCCUUGGUGGUUCAGUCCUUGUUUGAUCACGACAGGGCGGUCAACCACGACGGACACACCACGUCGUUGUUGACGGCUCAAGUCACGGAAUUGGUGGACGGCGUUUUCAUCGGGUUAUCAAUGAACCAUUGUCUCGGUGACGGAACAUCUUACUGGAAUUUCUUCAACACUUGGUCUGCAAUUUUCCAAGCACAAGAAAACAAUGUCACUCUUUCCAAGAUCUCCAAUCCACCAGUGUUGGAUCGGUGGUUUCCAGAAGGUCAUGGUCCGAUUAUCAGCCUUCCUUUCACAGACCCAAGUGAGUUCAUUGACAGAGUCGAAGCACCAAAACUCAGAGAGAGAAUGUUUCAUUUCUCCGCAGAAUCCCUAGCCAAACUCAAAGCCAUGGCCAAUUCAGAGAACGAGACCAGCAACAUCUCCACCUUCCAGGCCUUGUCUGCGCUUCUCUGGAGGACUAUAACUCGAGCGCGUCUUCUGCCACCAGAUCAAGAAACCAGUUGCAGAUUAGCUGCCAAUAACAGAGCAAGAUUGGACCCGCCAUUGCCUCCGAAUUACUUUGGCAACGCCAUUUAUCCGGUCAAAUCAGAACUGAUCAAUGCUGGUGAGUUGCUUGAUCAUGGGCUUGGAUGGGCCGCGUGGAAAUUGCACCAGGCUGUGGUCAACCUCAAUGACCAAGUACUAAAACGGUAUCUUGAUUACUGGUUAAAGUCUCCGACUGUGUUUACUAUGCGAUAUUUCGAUCCAUUUAGUGUGAUGAUGGGGAGUAGUCCGAGAUUCGACAUGUAUAAAAAUGAAUUUGGGAUGGGAAAAGCUGUGGCUCUACGAAGUGGGUAUGCCAACAAGUUUAGUGGCAAAGUGUCGUCGUUUCAAGGGCGCGAAGCAGGAAGCAUUGACUUGGAGGUGUGUCUUCUUCCAGAGGUAAUGAGGGCUCUUGAAUCUGAUGAUGAGUUUAUGGAAGCUGCCUCUGUACCAAGUCAUGAGUAGUCAAGCUAGA